AUGUUAUCAUCAUCAUAUUUCAUUAUCUACUAUAUGACCCAACUCGACAAUACAACGAUAAUGACGGCACCAGACAACGCUUCGCAACCUGUAUUGGUUGAUCCUGAAUACAGAGUCUUCAAGGAGAUGGUCGAUCUCCAGAUGCAGCAGCUCGGCCCACCCCCAAUGGAUACUGUCUCGGACAUCCGCAACGCCACGGACGGUAUGCUUGCAAUGGUCGCCUCCACCGUUCAGUAUCCAGAUGGUAUGCAAGAAAGCGUCCAUUUUGCACCUUCUUCAUUGCCAUCUUCCAGCGCAGCGCAUCGCAUCCCAAUUACACGUUACAUCCCCAACGCCACGGCUUCUGCUGCUGGACCUCAGCGGGCCAUCAUCUACAUACACGGGGGUGGUCUAAUUGCUGGCAGUGUCAAUGCUUUCAGACCAUGGGCCGCCGAGUUGGCAGAGCGCUCAGGAACGCAAGUCUUCUCUGUGGAAUACCGCCUGGCGCCCGAGUUUUCCAUUGCUCCACCGUGUUCGAAGGGCGAGUCACCCGCACCCUUUGCAGUCCACGACGUUUUAGACGCUCUAUCUUGGUUGCAGUCUUCCGAUACAUCGUCCGAGUUGGGCAUCGACCCAGCUAGAAUUCUCCUCUCUGGGAACAGUGCAGGUGGGGCAAUUGCUGCCGGCGUAGCCCUCUUGGAACGAGACCGCAAACGAAGGGGAGAAAGAGGAGAUCUUCCACCUAUUACAGGUAUCCUUUUGAACUAUCCCAUGCUGGAUGAUAGGACAACGGCAGCGGAAGGCGCUGCCGAAAAUGAGUGGCAUGUGUUCACGGACAAGGUGAACCAGAUUGGAUGGCAAGCGUAUACCGGGUUUGAACUGCAUGAACGAGAUGACCUCAAAGUAUCGCGAUAUACCAGCCCUGCCCGAUGUGACGACGUAAGUGGGAUGCCACCUACACUGAUCGAUGUCCCAGCUCUGGACCUGCUGAAGAGUGAAGGAAUUGCCUUUGCCACUCGUCUUGCUGGGGCCAAUGUCGCCGUUCAACUGAACGUUUACCCCGGCAUUGCUCACGGAUUUGAUGGACAGAUACCGGAACACCGUCUAUCAAAGUUAAUGAAGUUUAACAACGAACAGUUCACUCAAAGAAUGUAA